UGCCACCUCCUUCCCGGCCCCGUCGGUGAGCUCCUGCGUUCUUAUUCCCGCGCUGAGCGCCCUGCAGACUGUCCUUGGACGCACAAGGGUCCUCCAUUCGGGUAGCCCAGCGGCCGGGACCCUCCCAGGGCCAUGGGCAAGGUUUUCUUCAGUGUUCGAGUUGCUUCGGUCCGUAGAGCCCGCUGCACUUGUCAGGGGCCAUGCCACCUCUCCUGCAGAGCCCCUCUUCCACUUGGAGCCCUACACGCGCCCAGCCAACUGGAUUGCGCACGGGCGCCCUCAGAGGCUCCACAAGCCGCCGUCGGAACCAGCUCCUCGGGCAUCCCUGGUCGCCUCUCGGCGCCAGCCGGCAGCUGGAAGGAGCGAGCGGCAGCCUCAUCAGCCCCAGACGUCUUGGGAGCUGAUGACAAUAACACGGGUGAGAACUGUUCCCAGAAGCUGGCAACUGCUCAUCUGCUCCGCUUCCUCCUGCUGGUCCUGAUUCCAUGUAUCUGUGCACUUGUCGUCCUGCUGGUGAUCCUGCUUUCCUUUGUUGGAACAUUAAAAAAGGCCUAUUUUAAAUCCAAUGGGAGUGAACCUGUGGUCACUGAUGGUGAAGUCCAAGUGUCUAAAGUCAUUCUUACAAAUGCAGUUUAUAACCAGAGCGCGCUGGCAUCAACUGCACUCCCCAACCAACACGUCCCAGCCUGGACCGUGGAUCCUGCAGUCACAGAAGACCACAGUCAAAGGAAUCCAAGUACCUGCAUCAGUAUCCCGCACAGUCAGUGUCAGAUACUGCCCUACCAAACCACACCUGUGUUCUCGAUCGUCAAGCACAUGGACCUGGAGAAGUUCCUCAAGUUCUUUGCGUACCUCCAUCGCCUCAGUUGCUAUCAGCAUAUCAUGUUGUUUGGCUGUAGCCUCGCCUUCCCUGAGUGCAUCAUUGAUGGUGAUGACAGUCAUGGCCUCCUGCCCUGUAGGUCUUUCUGUGAGGCUGCAAAAGAAGGCUGUGAGUCGGUGCUGGGGAUGGUGAACUCCUCCUGGCCUGAUUUUCUUAAGUGCUCCCAGUUUAGAAACCAAAAUGAAAGCAACAACGCCAGCAGGAUUUGCUUCUCGCCACAGCAGGAAGAUGGAAAGCAAUUGCUCUGCGGAGGGGGUGAGAGCUUUCUGUGUGCCAGUGGAAUCUGUGUCCCCAAGAAACUCCAGUGCAAUGGCUACAAUGACUGUGAUGACUGGAGCGAUGAGGCGCAUUGCACCUGCGGUGAGGACCUGUUUCGCUGCCACACAGGCAAGUGUCUGAAUCACAGCCUCGUAUGUGAUGGAUACGAUGAUUGUGGGGACCUGAGUGAUGAGCGGGACUGUGAUUGCCACCCCACCAAGGAGCAUCGCUGUGGUGAUGGGCGCUGCAUCACAGUUGAGUGGGUGUGUGAUGGAGACCAUGACUGUGUGGACAAGUCCGAUGAGGUUAAUUGCUCCUGUCACAGCCAGGGUCUGGUGGAAUGCAGAAGUGGACAGUGCAUCCCGGGCAGCUUCCGGUGUGAUGGAGAUGAGGACUGUAAGGAUGGGAGUGAUGAGGAAAACUGCAGUGACAGUCAGACUCCAUGUCAAGAAGGAGACCCAAGAUGCCUCUACAAUCCCUGCCUUGAUUCAUGUGGUGGGAGCGCGCUCUGCGACCCGAACACCGGUUUGAAUAACUGCAGUCAAUGUGAACUGAUCACACUGGAACUGUGUAUGAAUUUGCCAUACAAUCAUACAAAUUUUCCAAAUUACCUCGGGCACAGGACUCAAAAAGAAGCAUCCAUCAGCUGGGAGUCCUCUCUCUUUCCUGCACUUGUUCAAACCAAUUGUUACAAGUACCUCAUGUUCUUUGCUUGCACCAUUUUGGUACCAAAGUGUGAUGAGAACACAGGCCAGCGUAUCCCUCCUUGCAGAGCGCUGUGUGAGCACGCUAAAGAACGCUGCGAAUCUGUCCUUGGCAUUGUGGGCCUGCAGUGGCCCGAAGACACAGACUGUGGUCAGUUCCCAGAGGAAGAGUCAGAUAAUCAAACUUGCCUGAUGCCCGAUCAAGACGUGGAAGAAUGUUCACCUAGUCACUUCAAAUGCCAUUCUGGACGGUGUGUCCUGGCUUCCAGAAGAUGCGAUGGCCAGGCGGAUUGUGACGACGACAGUGAUGAAGAGAACUGUGGGUGUAAAGAAAGAGAUCUUUGGGAAUGUCCAUCCAAUAAGCAAUGUUUGAAGCCCACGUUGGUCUGUGACGGGUUCCCGGACUGUCCUGACAAAAUGGAUGAAAAAAACUGUUCAUUUUGCCAAGCUGAUGAACUGGAAUGUGCAAACCAUGAGUGUGUGCCACGGGACCGGUGGUGUGAUGGUGUAGCCAACUGCGCCGACAGCUCAGAUGAAUGGGAUUGUGUGACUCUCUCUCAAAAUGUGAACUCCUCUUCAUUCCUGACUGUUCACAGAUCUGCCACAGAACAGCAUGUGUGUGCAGACGGCUGGCAGGAGACAUUGAGUCAGCUGGCCUGCAAGCAGAUGGGUUUAGGAGAACCAUCCGUGACCCAGCGGAUAGAGGAACAGGACAAAGACCAGCAGUGGCUGAUGUUACGCUCCAAUUGGGAGAGCUUCAACAGAACCACUUUGCAUGAACUGCUGAUAAAUGGGCAGUCCUGUGAGAGCGCCAGUAGGAUUUCUCUUCUGUGUGCUAAACAAGACUGUGGGCGCCGCCCUGCUGCCCGCAUGUACAAGAGGAUCCUGGGAGGUCGGACAAGUCGCCCUGGCAGGUGGCCGUGGCAAUGCUCUCUGCAGAGUGAACCUAGUGGACACAUCUGUGGCUGUGUCCUCAUUGCCAGAAAGUGGGUUCUGACUGUUGCUCACUGCUUUGAGGGGAGAGAAAAUGCUGCCGUUUGGAAAGUGGUGCUUGGCAUUAACAACUUAGAUCACCCGUCAGUAUUCACGCAGACACGUUUCGUGAAGAACAUCAUCCUGCACCCUCGUUACAGCCGUGCGGUGGUGGACUAUGACAUCAGCAUAGUGGAACUCAGUGAAGACAUCAAUGAGACCAGCUAUGUGCGUCCUGUCUGCUUACCCAGCCCGGAGCAAUCAUUGGAACCUGAUACGUACUGCUAUAUCACAGGCUGGGGCCACAUGGGCAACAAAAUGCCUUUUAAACUGCAAGAGGGAGAGGUGCGCAUUAUUUCCCUUGAACAGUGUCAGUCCUACUUUGACAUGAAGACAAUCACCAACCGGAUGAUAUGUGCAGGCUAUGAAUCUGGCACGGUGGACUCCUGCAUGGGUGACAGUGGCGGGCCCCUUGUUUGUGAGCAGCCUGGAGGACAGUGGACAUUAUUUGGUUUAACUUCGUGGGGCUCCAUCUGCUUUUCCAAAGUUCUGGGGCCUGGCGUUUAUAGCAAUGUGUCCUACUUUGUCAAAUGGAUUAAAAGAGAGAUCUAUAUCCAGACCUUUCUCCUGAACUAA